GUAUUUAGUAACUGUAUAUAAAUUGAAGUUCGAUGUAGAAGUAUUGCAUAUUAGUACAAAAAAAUACAUUAAUAUUAAAUGUAAAUUUUUAUUAAAAUUAAAAUUGAAAACUUCAAAUUAAUUUUACAAGACAGAUGUUUGACCGGAGGACUUGUUGGAGGACAUGUUGAUUUGGUCACGAAUGAAACGAUAUUUGUCAAUUCGUCAAAGUGUAAUUGUUUAGACAAGAAUUAAACAAAAUUAGAGAGUAAAAUCUGAAUAAUAUCGUGUUGUGUUACGUGUUAGCCGUAUAAUGUGUGUUUUUUAUUUACGGCGUUAAGUCGGACAAAAGGAAACGUUUACUAAUCAUCAGUGACAAUCUUACUUGAAAUCGCGGCACCACGUUACUUCGGCGUUUUUUGAGUUAACAAAUAACCGUGAAAAAUGCCCCGGGGACGGGACGAUAUGCAAGUAAACGUGGCGGGCCUAAGGAGAAAUAUUAAAAACCUCGCGCACAACUAUUCCGAUGCCCAGGUAAAAGUGCGCGAGGCAACGUCGAACGAUCCAUGGGGCCCCUCAAGUACGCUAAUGGCGGAAAUCGCCGAUCUCACCUACAACGUCAUGGCGUUCACGGAGAUCAUGCAAAUGAUAUGGAAACGGCUGAACGACCACGGCAAGAACUGGAGGCACGUCUACAAGGCGCUGGUACUGAUGGAGUACCUCAUAAAGACUGGCAGCGAGAAGGUGGCCAUGCAGUGCAAGGAGAAUAUUUUUGCUAUACAUACGUUGAAGGAUUUUCAGUAUAUGGAGGAGUGGAAGGAUCAGGGUCUAAACGUGCGCGAGAAAGCGAAACAGCUAGUGAAUCUGCUGAAAGACGACGAGCGGUUGAAGAACGAGCGCGCGAGAGCUCUAAAAGCGAAGCAGCGCUUUGCGCAGAGCGCGAGUGCCUUCGGCAGCGAUGGCGCGUUGGACACGCCUUCAAGCCCGCAAUAUCCGCCUGUUGAGAAUUUGAACAGCGAAUCAGCAGAAUGGCACGGUCGCGACGCGGAGCUAGCGCGGCCACUAACCGCGGGCGAGGAGGAGCUUCAACUACAGCUGGCCCUCGCCAUGUCCCGGGAGGAGGCGGAACGAGAAGAGCGGCGGCGGCGCUCUGAUGACGUGCGGUUGCAGCUCGCCAUCAGCCAGUCGCAACACGAUCUGCAGUCUUUAUUUCAAAUUGGGACGCCAGGAGCGGAGAAGAAGCCGGAGCCGGCACAGGCACAGCAGUCGCACCUCCUGGACUUGCUGGACGUGAACCUCGGCUCGCCGCCAGCCGCGCCCGCAGACCCCUGGGGCAUCGCCUCGCCGCCACAGAAACAGGAUACGAUGCCAGACGCGUGGUCGGGCGUGGGCAGCCCGGCGCGGGACCCCUGGGCGCCCGCCGACCCCUGGGCGCCCGUCGCGCAGGAACUAACGACGACUUUGCAGAGCAAGUCGCCGCCGUCCGUGCUAUCGUCGCCAUCUUCGGAGCUGGAACAGUUCGACGCGCUGUCGCAGCGGCCGCGCGCCUCCAACCACGAUGACCCCUUCGACCUCACCGCGCUAGGCGAUAACCUAACGCCCGCAGCGAGCGCGUCCCCCAGCACGGGCGCCAUCAAGAAGAGUCCGUCAGCGUUCCUGGGCGAGAACUCGUCGCUCGUGAACCUGGAGCGCCUGCUGCAGCCCGCGUCCGCCGAGCCGCCCGCGCCCAACCCCUUCGCGCCCGAGCCGCCCCGGCAGAUGUUCCUGCCGCCUCAGCCGGCUAAACUGUCAAUAAACGAGCUGAAGCAGCAACAGAUGGGGCUCAGCGGGAUGACGUUCCCUGCCGCGGCGUCCGCGACCGCGCCCGCGUUCCCCGGCUACCCGCCGCUCCCGGCUGCAGCAGCGAUGGACCCCUGGGCAGCGCCAGCGCCGAUGGCGGCGCCGGUGCCCGCGCCGCGCUCGCAGUCGCCGUGGUCGCCGCCCAACAACAGGCACACGCCCAACCCCUUCCUCUCCUAGCCACCCACAGGUCGGUAGCAAUAAGCGCCCUCGCUAUGACAGCAACCGGUGCGCCGCGCUACCUCGCCGAUGACGUCACGCUUGCGCGCGUGCGCCGCGCGCCGUCCGCCGCCGAGAUACACGCGACCAGCCACCGCUAGCCCGACCUACUCAGGGAUGUUACUAGCUCCUGGUUUCAUUUCGGUAAUGAAAACCCUAACGCCCUGGCCACGAUAUUGCGCGACCGACAGCGACGACCAUAGGACAGAGCGAAGGCACAGCGAUGACACCUUUCGUUCGCUCCUUGGACCCAUAUCGUGGCCGGGCCGAUAAUAUAAUAGUUUCCUAAGGCCCAGACAUGUAACAGAAAAAUUUAAUAAUUCCUACUGAAUGUUUACCUGCACUGCAAUUAAUAAAGUUUAAUUUAAUUUCGUCUGACAAAUCAUCAAAGCAAAACAAAUGCAAUAAUGUUCGACUGAAUUUUUCGAAUUUAUUAAGUACGCUCGGAAACUUAGGCCUUAGGAAGAUAAACUAAUAAUACAUAGACUUGAGUUAGGGCCACUUGCAUCAACCACAUUUGACAGACACAUCAUCGUCACGCAGCAGAUGUCUAUGGAACUUCCCAUACAAUGAAAUUUAACGGUGACAGACGCUUUGAUGCAACCGGCCCUUAGUCAACUGAAAUAGAUAGCUUUGUCAAGCGUCUAGGUGGUAAAACUUGGUCAUUACUCCAUCGAAUAUUACUAUUCAACAUUCCUGAUACGUAAUACAACACAAUAAUUAUCACAAAGUAAACAGCGUUUAUAUCAACAUUUUUCAUAAACUUAAUUUUUUUAUGGAUCUUUUUAAUGUUGAAUAUGUCUCGGCGGGUUGUGACACGAAACCAUAAUCUGUAGGCCGUUUUUUAGUUCUAAUUUCUUCACUUAACACUUGAACAAUUACUAAAUAUAGUAACAACUCUGACAUAUACUGAACUAUACUCUGACCGAGGGCUCUGGUGAUCGGCAUAAUAAACAUAAUCUAUUAAAAUCGAGCGCGGUAUGUAGGUAUGCGUGCAGUGUACGAACGCAACACAUGUAAGCAGAUGAGAAUGAACGAGAAUGAAUCAUUGUUACUUGUGUUGCGUCCGUACAUGGCGCGCAUACAUGCAUACCGUGCGGUGUACGUUUGUUAGAAGAGUUACUACUGGUGCCAAUACUAUGAAUAUACCAAAUGAUGACGCAGUACUGGCACAGUUAAUAAUUUCAUCAUAUUCAAUUAUGCAGUUCAUUAGAGUAAAUGCUCAGUCUUCCUAGUAUUUCUUCGUCUAAUAAAUUUCUUGUCAUUAGCACUAUUUAAAUUAUGUAACUAUAUCAAUUAUGUUUAAUUCUUUUUUUUGUUGCGUAUGGUGAGUGGGAAUCAUGUCAAUGAAGCCAGUGGGGUGGUAUAGGAUAAAAAAUGGAGACCAAGAAAAAACUACCAUAAAGCAUUUUAUUUUUACUGCAAAUUUAUAUCUUAUUCUAGGAGGAAAGGUGUAAAUAAAUUUAAAAUUUAUGGUGUUUUUUCGUUGUUGUCCAAUUUAAAAAUAAAUUGCACAGUAUGCGGUAUACAUAUGUAAAUGAAGUUUUUAUAUAGACUGGAUAAAGCUGUGACGUAGGGUUCUAACUGAACGACAUUUUUCGGAGUAACUAAUAAAGAAUAAAUUUAUCGUAUGAUGAAAACAAACAAAAAGUUAUGUAUUGAAGUUUGUUUCAAAUUGAUUUGAAUUACGAAUCAUCAACAAAGAUGGAGUUAAGUCAAAUUAAAAAUAUAUGAAGAUGAUCGGCUAUUGAAUCAUUUUGAAAUGAACUUUAAACAUAACAUAGAUUCUAGUUCUAAAAUAAAAUUCAACUUUUGUAAUUACUAAAUUGGUAUUUGAAAAUGAUCGUGGCUAUCCAGCAGAGAAAGGUCGCUACGCUUCACCUGCGUUAAGGUCGAUUUUGCGUUUGAAUUUCAGAUCAAAACGUCCUGCAUUUGAAGUAUAAGUGGUCUGGUUCUGUCAUGGAAAGUCACAAAGGGUUAGAACAGGCUUGAGGUCGCUUCGAUGAUUCUUUUAGUCCUUUAGCCUGGUCCAUAGGCCUUCCUCACAUUAUGAUACAAAGAAGAAAGCCUUAUCCAAAGUGUUUUCAAUAAACUGUGUCUGCAAUAUAAGUGUGAAUAUAAUAUUUGCACAUCGUUUAACCACGAUAGAAUACUGUGACUGAAAAUUCUUACAAGAACAACCUGUAACUACAAUUAAGUAUUCUUGCAAAUAAAUGAUGAUUGAUUGAUUGAUUGAUAUAAUAUAUGGUUAUACUGAACAACUUUUACAGAUGUAGUCGUAGUGCAUAAUUAUUUCCAUUGUAUUUUCAAGGAAAUAAUAUUGUUGAAGUCAAUAUUAAUACAAAAACUAUUAAGAUUAACAGAAGUAAAGACCAUCUGUAACAUGGAAUCAAUCUCGAAAACGUGCAAAAUAUUGACUCAUAAAAAAUAUCAACGUUCGACUAGCCAAAUAUGGCUGCAAAGCUAUUUCCAUGAUUUCGCGGUUGUUUCCGUGUUAAAAAAAUGUUCAGUUAUGACCUCUCAUCAUAAACUAAUGUAUUUAUAAAACACAUUAUAUCCUAACCUGUAUGCAACCUUGUAAAAGACGUAGAACAGCAAAUGAUAGCCUUUAAUAACUUUGCAUAUUGUGAGGACGGCUUUUUUUAAAUCGAUUGUAAAACUAACAUAAGGUUCAAUAGGGCUAUUGCAGUACAUAGCAGUUUGAGAACCUCUACCAUACAUGCAUUUGUAUUCAUAUAACCAUCCUUUUACCCUUGGGUAUAAGUAAAGGCUGCAUUUUUAUUAUGUAUUUUAUAAAUAUGUUAAAAAGGACGAGACUGUGAAGGCGAUAUUGAUAAAGUAAUAAUAUUUUGACUAUGCGAAGGAUAUAGGUUAGCCGAUUAAAAUUACCUUUACAGUAUUAGAUGUCAGCAGUUUACCAACUAUUGUAUUGCUCAAAUUUAAUAUAAAUUGGUCGAUUUUGUUAAUUAAUAGCUCUUAAUGCGUUAUUUGUUAUUGAGUUAUUACAUUGAUAUGCAUUUUUCGUAUUUUAAGAACAUUAACUACCUAACAAAUUUUAAAACUAAGACAAAUAGUCGAAUAUUAUGUAACGGAUUCAUGAAUUCUAGAGAAAAGACUUAGUUAAUCUAAUCAUUUAGUUGUGUUUUCAUAACGUCAUAUUUCAUUUUCGUUAUAACAUAUUACACAUUAAAUCCACCCCUAAGAGAUCGUAUUAACCGUUAUUAAGCUACUAGGUACUGCGGUAGCCCAGCAAAAACGUCCACGAAGGCGUUCGAUGUAAGGUCUCAUGUUGUUUGACGUGCCUUAGACUCCGUAACAUUGUUUAACGUAGAAGACAUUUCUUGGUUCUUUGCACAUGCAAAAAUACAGCCCUAGUGAAAAGGGGCACAAGUCUCGUGCAGCUUAGGUGUAAAAGGGGACAAGUGAUAUAUGUGGUAUACCCCCUUGCCUCUGAGCUGUGCCUGUUUUCACUAGGAACACUUUCAGUAGUUGACGGCCCUGGUGGCUUAUGGUUACUUCUUUAUAUGUCCCCUUGAUUAUUUUUCUAUUAUAAAGUAAUCGUUCUGUCCUAUUUUUUUAGGAUGCAUGGGAUUGUGUAAAGUUUUAUUAGCAAUGGAGAAAAACAAGAAAUUGUCAGCGGAACAUGUCAAUAUUAAAUUUAAAGUUAAGUUAGAACAAUGGCGUCUGAAAUCCUGUGGACUUGUCCAAAGUUUUUCCAUAACUAAUAUAAAAUACGGAUAUCAUCACAAAGACAUAUUUAUUAUAGUAUAGUCAACCAAUUGGAACCCUAGGCCACUCUAGAACUAUGUCACAGUGACGUUAUAAAUCAGAUUGUAAGAAAUCUCUUACUGCUUGUCAUUUUGACAUGGUUUUAGAGUGGCCUAGGGUUCCAAUUGGUUGACUGUACAUAGUUACGAUUUCCUAGUACUAUGAGCGAAGUCAAACAAUUACAAGCUCUGGAAAUUAGCAGAGGUGUGUAUUUUAUUGAUUAACGACCAAUAUAAUUUUGAUUCAACAGAGCACUUCUUCCUAUGAAACAAAGACGUUUACCAGUUUUAGUUUCGAUUUUUGUAGAUCUUUUAAUUAAAUGAAUACUAUACUUAUUCUAAUAAGUAUUUUGUAAAUUGUUCUAGAUUAUAGAUGGCAAGUCCACAGGAAUAAGCUUCUACGUCCAGUUUAAGGAUGUUCUAUUAUGUUGUCUGUUACGGUAUUCAUUAUUAUUUAAUCAAGGUUAAACAUAUAUUUUAGAAGACUAACUAAAAUAAUUUGGGAGUACCGUAUCAAGCAAUAUUCGCAAGAUCUUUUAGCUUGGUCAACCCACCUUGUUGAGUUGCGUACAAAUUAUUCCGAUUUAUAUUGUGUAUGUAAUUAUUUUACCACCCUCAUUUAUUAGUAUUGAUCAUGUAAAAUAAUUUGUAUACAGUUUAUACGACUGUGUUGCCGGUAGAGUAUCGCAACUGCAUUUUUACAAAGUAUCACACCGGUAAGCAAUAUUUUUACACGACUUGACACGCUUGACUUGGCCUCGCAACUGGCAACACAUGUUUCGCCUUAUAAACUUUAGAACAGGUUCAAAUGGUUAUUGAUUUAUUAUUAUGUUUACCGAUUAUGUAGAUAAAUUAUUUUUUAAUAUAUUAAUUUUUGACCAAUAAAAUGCAUCGAUGCGUCACUAGCCUAGGGAGAAACUGUAAAGAUUAAUGUAACUAUUUAAUUAAAAUAUAUAAGUUUUUCAAUA